AUGGAGGGGAAAAUUGCGGCGCGCAAGGACAAGGAGAAGGCGGCAGAGGCGGCGAUCUCUUUAGUGAGCGGCAAGAGCGCGGCGGGGCCAAAGCCGAAACGGGGGUGCAUGGAAGACUUCUACGGAGACGAGGGUCUCUCGUCCACGCGGAAUGCCGACGAGGCGAUAUGCCUCUAUUUCGCGGGGAUGCGCGUGGCGGAACGGCAGUGCGAGAACCCCCUCUUCCUCAACAUGCUUCGCGCCGUCACCGCCGCCGGCCCCAACUACGUCCCUCCCAAGCGUGACUACGUCGGCGGCGCCGGACUCCUGGCGUGCAAGAAGAGGAUCAAGAAGGGAUUGGCGCCGAUUACCGACACGUGGGCGAAGACGGGCGUGACGAUCGCCAGCGAUAUGAUGACGGACAAGAGCGGGCGCGCGCAGAUGAACAUCCUGCUCCUCAACGACGCCGGUGCUGUUUUCGUCAAGGCAGUUGACUGCAAAAUGGAGCUGAAGAGCGGAGCGUUCGUGGCCGGCAUCUUGCGCCCGAUCAUAAAGAAGAUCGGCCCGGAGAAUGUCGCCGUGCUGUGCAUGGACGGUGGCAGCAACUACGCGUCGGCAUGCAAGCUGCUGCAGGCGGAGUGGCCGCACAUCGAGCAUGUGCCAUGCGCCACCCACGUGCUCGACUUGCUGAUGGAGGACAUCGGCAAGAUGGAGUGGGCGCGAGACGUCCUUCGCUCGCAGCUGCUGCAGAUGGUGGUGCAUGACGGCUGGAAGAAGAUGAAGGGGAAGAAGGGGACGAAGGAGAAGAAGACGACGGCGUGUGACUUCGAGGCGUGGGUGAUGGAUGUGGAUUGGUGGGAGAAAGCGGGGUUUUUUUUGCAGAUGAUGGAGGUGCCAUUCAUGGUGAUGAGGAGGACGGACUCGCAGGCGAAGGGGAUGAUGGGUGCUAUCUAUGACAUCAUGCUGCAGCUGACGGAGGACAUGGCGAAGCUGCUGGAUGGUGAUAUGUGUAAGCUGAAGGAGGAGGAGAAGGUGGAGGUGCAGGAGCACUUGAGGCGCCGUUGGGACGAGAGUUUGGCGUGCCCCCUUCACGCGGUUGGCCUGAUCCUUAAUCCGGCCAACCAGCUGGAGGAGAUUUUCCUGCGUGACGUCGAGUGCACCAAGGUGAUGAGGGAGUGGCUCGCCGGCUCUAAGGUCUUUGUCGACAACAUCUGGAAGGGGAAGAAGGGGCCGCACAAGAGUUUGCAGGAGGGGAUGUUGGCGUACAUCAACGCCACUGGGAGCUUCGGAUCGGAGGAGGCGAGAUUGGGGCGUGAGGAGCUGCAGGAUGGGAAGGGGGACGUGCUGGCGUGGUGGCAGUAUCACGGCUGGGAGUAUGCAGACCUGGCUGGACUUGCGCGUCGUGCGCUGUCCCAGCCAGUUUCCGCCGCCCCGUGCGAGCGGAACUGGUCUGUUUGGGACGGCGUGCACACGACACGCAGGAACAGGCUCGGGUCGGAGAAGGUCCGGGACCUUGUGUACGUUGCACACAACUGGACAGUUGUGCACAACCAUCACAAGGGAGCGGCUGUUGCAGGGCCUAGUGGGGUGGGAAGGAAGGGGGGGAUCGUGGAGGGGAACAUUCCCACUCCCCCCCUCCCCGAGGUCUACAAGCUGGAGGAGGAUGGGGAGGUGGAGGAGGAUGAGGACGCGAUCUGUGUGGAUGAGCACGCGCACCAGGAGGAUGGCGAAGAGGAGGAGGAGGGCGAGGAGGAGGAGGGCGGGGAGGACGAAGAUUAG